GUUCUUUGCCUUGUUUAAUAUGAUACAGUUUCUGAGUCGGACCACGUGGUGGGUGGUGCCGGUCGUAUGGAUGCCGGUUGCUUUUUAUUUCAUCGGAAUGUCUUACACUAUGGGUCUCACACUUCCCCUAGUGGCCAUGUUGUCUGUUUCGGGGGCCUUUGUGUGGACAUUUCUUGAAUACUGUAUCCAUCGUUUCCUUUUCCACAUUGUCACAAAGAGUUACUGGGGAAACACCUUUCACUAUCUGAUCCAUGGCUUCCACCACAAACACCCUAUGGAUGGCCUACGCCUUGUGAUUCCACCUUUAGAAGCUGCAAUAGUUCUCGGUAUGUUUUGGUACCUGUGUAGGCUUUUAUUCACUUUGUCCAUGGGAUCUGCUUUGUUGGGAGGUGGACUGAGUGGAUAUGUGAUGUAUGAUACCACCCAUUACUACUUACACCAUGGCCACCCGACCAGCAAAAUUCUUAAAAGUCUUAAGAAAUAUCACAUGAACCAUCACUUUAGGAUUCAAAACAAGGGCUUUGGUGUGACGACGACGUUAUGGGACAGAGUUUUUGAAACCCUACCCAAAACCAAAGCAGCAGAGAAGAGUGGAUAGAUAACAAAAGCACUUGGCCAAACAUGCUUUAGUUUGCAGCUGCCUAUGAUGUGUUUUGUGGAAG